AUGGUAUCACGAGUAGCAGCGUUAACACGCGCAACAGCAGCCACACGCGUUGCAGCAGCCAAGAGCACGCACGCCACUGCACGCGUGCGAGCAGCAGCCUCCCGCGCACGCAGCAGCCACUGCACGCACGGCUUCAGCAGCAGCUGCACACUCCUCUGCAGCCACUCGCACGCACGCCCUGCAGCAGCCGCAGCCACGCGCGUGCAGCGGCAGCAGCAAGCGCAGCACCUACCUCCGCAUCUGCAGCGAGCGCAGCAGCUGCAGCCCGUGCUACAGAAUCCGCUCCUUACCACUCCUAUCCGCCCCUACCAGCUCCUCACCACUCCUAUCCGCCCCUACCAGCUCCUCACCACUCCUAUCCGCCCCUACCAGCUCCUCACUACUCCUAUCCGCCUCUACCCGCUCCUCACCACUCCUCACCGCUCCUAA